AUGAGUGGUUCUCCUCCGUGUUUCUUUAGUCACGGUGGUACUCCCGUUAUCUCCGUUUCGUCGGCCGAUAGGAGGAAAACGCCGGAAGAAUCGAGAGUGUUGAAAAUCCCCUCCACCAACACAAUAUUUCAUUUCACUGAUGUUGUUACUUGUUUGCGGACACUUGCUUCACGAAACAGAUCAGAUACUUCAAGAGACCCCAAGGCUAUGGUCUACAUGAUGGAUCACAUGCCCAAGAGGAUGUCGUGGCUGGAUAACUUGGAGGUUCUGAAGGGCCUUGUGGUAGUGAUGCCACUGAUGAGGAUACUGUCUGUUUGCUGGCUGAUAAAAGCCUACUGA